AUGGACUCAGUGUUCACCCCACCCCCAGACCAGGAUGAUCUGACGUCCUACUUCGACAAGAGCGCCACUACAGUCCGGGAGCUGAUGCAGAGGCUUGAGAAUAAUUUUACGCGUCCUUUGAUCCAAUACGCGCUUGAUGCGUUUCGCCAGCAUCCGAUACGCUCUACAUAUUUGGCCAUUUUGACUGCUCUGAGCUUGCUACCAGCACUAUCCUUCAUCGGCUUCUCCUUCUUCAUAUUCACCUCCUUCAUAUGCACAGCUCUCGCCGCAGCACUUGUGGCGGCCACUGCGGUUGUGGCAAUAUUCGGCACUCUACUCCUGGGGACGCUAUUCCUGCUCGUCGGUGUCUCAAUAUUGCUGACGGCGUCGAUUAUCGGCAUCUACCUUUUCGUCCGCCUUGCCCUGCUCACGUACGAUGCUGGUCCGCGCGCCGGGAUCAAGGAGUGGGCACACCAGAGCAGGACGCAGCUGCUGCCUUCGCGAUUCCACUCUGCCGAAUCCCUACCCACUCGGACAAGAUUGAAAACAGGGGAAGGACGAUUUCAUGACGAAUUGGAUGCAGACUCACACCCGUUCGGGAAGUCUGCGGGUUCGCAAGAGGAAGGGCUGGCCGGCGAUGGUGCGGUCGGGGCGGAUCUAGGGUCGCCGCCGACCGUGGCGAAGACAGAGCUUGAGAAGGAGGAAGAGGGAAGGACCUUGCUCUCCCACUGA